CCCAGCAACCAGGAUGCAUUUUAGCAACAAGUCCGAGGGGUCGACCCAGAACAGUAGCAACUCAUGUCCUGAAGGAGACUACAAUAUGGUCCUCAAAUACCUGCUGCCCAUCAGCUUCUCUUUGCUCUUCUUAUUCGGCCUCUCGCUGAACGCCUUCGUGCUAUUCUUCAUCAAGUUCCGCACAAAGCACUGGACCCCGUUCACCAUCUACAUGCUCAACCUGACCGUGUGCGACACCCUGUUUGUCUUAAUGCUGCCCAUGGCGAUCUACCAUCAGGUCAAAGACUGGCCCUUUGGCGAGCCACUCUGCAAAAUCACCUUCUUUGUCGUAAACACCAAUCACUAUGGUAAGCAGUACGUGUAUCUGCAUCGCUUCAUGGGCAUCUGCUACCCGGUCCGUUCCCUCAGCUGGAACAGCAGUCGACGCGCAAAGCUGGUGUCCGUGGGCGUGUGGGCCUGUGUGCUCUCUAGUCAGGCACCCAUUCUCUACUUCUCCGGGACCGAGUGA